ACAACCUUAUUGGUGGCAAUUGGUGUCGCGGUAGCAGCACGUAUGGCUAUGAAAGGAAUCAAACAUUAUCCAAAAUUAAAAGCGGCAAUUCAUAGGCCUAUUGAGAGACGGCCUAAAGGGGGGUUUGAACCGAAAAUGAAUAAAACUGAAGCAGUGCAAAUUUUAGGAUUACGAAAUACUAUUCUUAACAAAACUAAAAUUAAAGAAGCCCAUCGUCGCAUAAUGUUGCUUAAUCAUCCUGAUCGAGGAGGAUCACCCUAUCUGGCAAGUAAAAUUAACGAAGCCAAAGAUCUACUUGAAAAAACCACAAAGUCAUAA